AUGUUUAGCUCUCCUGAGUCCGGUGACAAGGAGAAGGAGGUCUACGAGGCAGACCUGAAGGAGGCCGCAGCGCGGCGGUUCUCCGGGAUGAUGUGGCCGGCAGAGGGCAUCCCUCCACCGGACUUCGUGGAGGUGCGGGUGCUGGGCCCGCGGCGCGCCACGGCCGAGGAAGCGCGGAAAGAUGGCUGUGACUUGAAGCGUCUCGCAUUUAGGAUCGUCGAGAAGCGCUUUAGUCUCCAGGAGAUAUGGAGACGGUGCUACUUCCUGGAAAGCAAGCAGUGGAGUGAGCUGGCAGGGGAGGACAUCCUGGAGACGUCCGAGAGCCUUGUGCCAGAGUUUAUUGCGGCCCAACAGUCGAAGAAAGAGACCUUCGAGUCCACUGCCGAGUGGUUUCAGGCAAACAACAAGAGGAGAGACUAUGAGGAGAACUUCGCCCCCGUCGGUCCCUCCUGGGCUGCAGUACAGGCUCAGACGCCGGUGCCUCGCCAGCCGGGCAUUUGGUACAUGCACGAACGCCAGAACUCGGAGGGCAAACAUGUUCCAUUCCUUUUCUUCAAUGCGUUUACCGGUAAGUACUACCGGAACCGCUCGACGGAGGUCACCUACGUGCCAGCCAAGAGCCGAUGGAUUCAGACGGGCAUCCCGCACUCAUCCGAGGAGCAUCCCAUGAAGAUGGCUCACGGAUCCGUGUGCCUGCCCACUUCGAGUGGGCGCAAGGACGAUAUGGCGGUCAUUCUGCCUGAACUGUCUCGCACAGCCUCGCUGCUGAAGCAGCCGCUGCCUUUCAUGGACAAGCCUGCAGCCCUCUUCCUUCUGGUUGAUGGACUACGGCAGUCGAACCUUGCGGCAGAGUGGUGUGCGAGGAGGCUUCACACGCAUCUGCUGCCGCGCCUCUCAGCAUGCCAUUCAGAACCCGAAGACAGCGAGCUGGUUGCCCUGGUGAAAGAGGCCUUGGAGCACCUGGACCACGCACUCCUGGAGAGUCCUGCUCGGUACGCCGGGUGCUGCUUGGCUUUGGCCUUGCUUUUAGGCAGGCGGCUGAUCAUUUGCAGCAUGGGUGGCUGCCGUGCAGUGGUCUGCUCACCUCCGGCUCCACCGGAGGAGCCGGUGGCCAAGAAAGGCGUGGCUACUCGCAGCACGUGGAGCUGCCGCGCUGUGGAAGGUGGCCUGCCUGGCCACACGAAAUUAGAAGUUACGGCGUCCCAGCGACGCCGGAGAGCUGAGGCCUACGGCCCCCUCGAUUUCGAGGGGCGACCGGGAGAUGAGUUGCAGGCAGCCUCGGCGAGCCAGGAGAUGCUGGCAAAGGAGCCUUCCGAUAGAGACCGAGCCGUGCGAAGGGCCCUGCGUGCUGCCCAUCCCUAUGCGGCUCUGGGCCUCAGCUUGGCAGAGGCUGUUGCUGCCGGCGCCGGGAAAAAAGCCGUGGAGGCCUUUGAAACGCUGCUGGGGCCUGGCAAGGGCGAUCUGAAGACAGAAUCUGCCCGAAGUCGCGUGAAGGCAGCUGGGGAGGCGAUAGACAGGAUGCUGGCGCAGGACAUCUUCGGCGCGCAGCAGCUGGCAGAGCUUUUCUACAUCAUGGACGAGGAGGGUGGCAUCGUCAGCCAGCAGCGCGCCGCCGCGCUGCUGGCGCUGGCGCCCGGGUGCGGCGAGGCCCAAAAGGGAGGGGAAGGGUAG